AUGCGGGUAUGGGUCUCCCCAAUACAUGCACUUCGAUAUAACAAUUCUAAUACAAGUCUAGCCACCGAUGGAGGCGAAGCAGUCCUCGCUAACUUUACCGUUUAUGCGCCGGGCAAGAACGAGAAUAUCCUAUCCAUGGAAAAGUUCCACGGCAUGCUGAAGUCGGUUGACUGCACUGCGAACAAUAGUCUCUCUCUUACCUUUAAGGAUGAUGCUACCUUUGCCUACGCACAAAAGGUCUGGGAUUGGGUCAACGGAGCCGACAAUCAUACCUUCAUCAUGGUCGCCGGCGUUGGCGACUGCGGCAGCAACACCCGCCGUCUCCCCUUUGUCGUAUCUUCGCUCAAGUACGACGAGGAAGCCAAUACAGCGUUCUUGACCGCUUCGAAGAGCGAGUGGAAGAAAGUCGCCCAUAGCUAUGACCUGGUCGUCGGCACCCUCCCCAAGGACGCACUCCAAACCAGAGAUAUUACCAAAGACAUCGAGAUCGAUGCCACUUCUUCCUUCCCCUUCAGCGUCACUCUCGGUUCCGGCGAUCUUUCUGCGACUCUCGUCUGCGCAAAUUGCAGCACAGCCGGUAAAUUCCACAUGCAGUUCAAGAUUUCCCAGAAAUUCUUCAUCCCAACUGGCGCCAGCAUGACCGUGCAGCCUGAGAGCGUCUCCGCCAUCGCAGCAAUCAAGCUUGUAGGAGCGGGCGCCAUCACUGGUGACUUGAGCAAGACGUGGGAUAUUGUCAAGAUCCCUAUUGAUGGCAUCUCGAUCCCUGAAAUCCUUGACCUAGGUCCCUUCUUGACUGUCUCCGUUGGCGUCCAGCUCGGACCUCUGACCAUCAGUGCGGGUAUCUCGAGUGGUGCGACUGCCACGCUUGACGACGCGGCUAUUCUUGAGGUCGAUUUAUUGGAUCCUUCCUCGAACCAGUUCUCGGGAUGGAUGCCUAAUGUCGAGUCCCUCCCCGUCACCGUGGACGCAAGGGUCACUGGUACUGUCAGCAUCUUCGCGCAGCCGAGUCUGCAGUUGAGGGCUGAUGCUCUCGGACACGGAUUCGAGAUUGGCCUCAAUCUCAGAGUCCCCAAUGUCAACGCGAAGCUCGAGGUGAUCGAAGCUCCCGCAGGUGCCUGCCCAGCAGAUGAAAUUGCCCCCGGCACACCACGCCACAAGACCGGCGUCCGCAUCAGCACCAACAUCGGCGGCCAGCUGAAUGUCGCAGUAGCUACGACACAAGACGAGGCCGAUCCCUUCCUCAACUUCCAGAUUGCGUCCCUGGACAAGCCCCUCGCACAAGCCUGCUGGGAAUUCGGCGACCUCGUCGACAGCAGCCCCGCGACCUCAUCGCUAGUAGACGUCAAGACGUCCGCAACGGUGGCAACCCCGUCAUCUACCGCGCCGGCAAGCGAGACCGUCAUUCCCCCAGCCUCUACCACAGCGCCCGCGAGCGGGACGGUGCUCAACCCAACCUCUACAGCGCCUGCGAACGGGACGGGCGGCUUUGGGUCUCCCCCGAGCAGGAUGAUGGCGAGGCGUCUGCCGCUGGGAGAGUACUAG